AAAGCACUUAAAAAUAUGCAACUCAACUGUAAACUACUUACUGUGUUCUUCUACUUCAGAGGAUAACAUUGUAAUACUACAUUUACCUGACAGAGAAAUGUUACUGGUUACGUUGCAGAUUCAGAUUUGACUCACAAAAUAUAACAAACCAAAAUAUGAUGCAUUAUUAUUCAUUAAAGGAGCUAUCGAUAAGAUUAAUUAACAUUCAGCCACUAGAUGUCGCAAUCCUCUGUAUUAUAUGAACGAAUAAACACAUACAGUAAUUUCUUACAUCUCCCUCCACAAAAAAUGGCAAAUUCCACCAAGCUGCAAAACCUUAUGGGCGUGUUUGUGCUGUAACAUCAUUAGCGUAAUAUCUUUUGUGAAUCAGACUUUGAGACGGGGCAGAUAGCAGUUGCAAAUGAUGCGCAAUUCAUGGCACUACCAGUGGCCGCAAUCCAUUCUUUGUGAAUUCGUCCUAGAAUGCCUAAUGUGCUCCUGAUCAGCAGCUGACCUCUGACCUCCCAGUUUAAACACCAGGAAUGACAAAGAUGAAGUGCAGUAUCUAAUCAAUUACUUAUUCAUGUCAGAUUUUUGCAGGCCAAACUGCUCCCCUCAGCGUCCAGCGUUAUUGACUGACCGUUGAUGAACUGCUGUAGAGGGAGCCAUAAUGGCGAAACUCGAAGAGGAUCUCUGGAAAACCCUGCAGGACUUAAAAGAAGAGGAAUUUAAUAAGUUCAAGUGGUUCCUGAAGCUGGAUGGCAUCCCAGUGGCUCAGUUGGAGAAGGCAAACAGGCAAGACACAGUGGAUCUAAUGGUACAGAAACAUCAGGAUGAUGGAGCUAGGAAGUUAACCAUUAAAGUUUUAGAAAAAAUCAGCAGGAAUGAUCUGGUGCAGCUUGUUCAAAGCUUCAGCUUGGGACCAAAAGGUGGUGCUCAAAAAGAAGAGUAUACAUGUAAAGUAAAGACCCCCAAGCAAAAGUGGGCAAAGCAAUUUGCAGUGGAGGUGACUCUGGAUCCUGAUACAGCCCACCCUCAUCUCGUCCUGUCUGAUGAUGGGAAACAAGUACAUCAUGGUGAUGUGAGGAAGAAACUAUCAAACAACCCUAACAGAUUUUACAGAUGUGUAAACGUCUUAGGGAAGCAGAGUUUCUCUUCAGGAAGGUUUUACUUUGAGGUUCAGGUUAAACAGAAGACUGCCUGGACAUUAGGAGUUGCCAAAGAGUCGAUUGAAAGGAAGGGAGAUGUCACACUGGCUCCUGAAUAUGGUUUAUGGACUCUUUGUUUGGAGAAUGGAGAUGAGUACAAGGCUAUUGAUGACCCGUCAGUGCGUCUCUCUCUGAAUCACCAACCUCAGAAGGUGGGGGUGUUUGUGGAUUAUGAGGAGGGUCUGGUCUCCUUUUAUGAUGUAGAUUCUGCAGAUCUUAUCUACUCAUUUACCGGCUGCUCCUUCACUGAGAAAAUCUACCCAUUCUUCAGUCCCAAUAUUAAUAACAACGGUAGAAACUCUGUCCCCUUGAUAAUUUGUCCCGUUAAAUACACUUCCUGGUGUUCAAAUCAAUGAAAUGCAUCUCUUUACGGAUGGAUAGAAACGCCACCGCAGAUAUGGGAGAGUUUUGUCAAUUUUGUUAGUUUUUGUCCGUCCAGUAUUCCUCGUGACAUACUCUGGAGCAGGGACGGUACCCGCGGUACUGUAGAAAAACAAGUACCGUCAAGUUUACAGACUUUGUCUAUCAAAUGAAAAGGGGGCUAUAUAGUAUGACAUCCUCAGGUUUUUACAUGAUACCUUUGAUCGACAGUUGGUGGUGCCAAACAAAUGCAGCCUUUGUUUGCAAGAAAAACUUUAACAUGUGCAACACAAGAGUGAGAUGUCAAUGAAGUACAAGUCAAUGCUGCCCUGAGAAUAAUGCAAAAGUGAAAGUGAAAGCAACUCUUGGAGUGUAUCAUAGGUGUGAACCUGAAUUAAAAUAGAAUCUGUGGUAAUGACUUGUAAGUACUUUUUUUCAAAUUCUGAUGAAUUUUGUUUUUGCUUCAUUUGUUUGUUUUUAUUUUUACUGUAUUCCUUUACUACUUAUAUUAUUGUAACAACACAUUCUCCACUCAACACGACCGAUAUGUGCUCCAAAUGUAAACCAGUGUUCUCCUAGAAAAAUGUAUUCUUUAUUUUAUCUAUUAGACUUUUAUGUGGAUGUAAAUGUGUAUUAAAUGAAAUUGACUGAUGGAUUGAUUGAUUUUAAAUAUAAGUUGUGUUGAGAAACAACGGAAUUCACAUUUCACAAGUCUGAUAUUUCAUUUAUGUGAGCAAUAUUUCUAUUACAAUCUAAUGCUAUCAAAUGUAAUCAAUGUAAUAUUAUGUUUUUUUUAAAUUAUUUUCUGAGCAUUGUAAGCUAAAGAUUUGUUGCACUUAUGAAUAACAUGACAUUUUGCCUGCUGUUUGUCAUUGAAACUAAAAUAAUUCAUUGAAAUUAAUAUUUUGUUAAUACUAUUUUUCAAAUAAA